ACCUAAAGAAGUAAUACGUUAUUAUGAGAAAAAAUGUUAUAAAUUGAAUUUAAGUAAGCAAUAAGUAGACAACAUGGUGAACAACACAGACUUAACCAUUUGUUUAUUUCCUAAAGCUUUGUCAAUUCCAUCAGGUUUUGUGACACUUGGUAUCUGUAUAGGAAACGUAUUCGUAAUUGUUUCUGUCUACAGUAUCAGAUCAUUGCGAAAACCGUGUUACAUUAUUUUAGCUAGCAUGGCACUUGUAGAUGUCUUAACAGGGAUUUUUGGCUUUGUUGCUGGACUUCUUUUUGCUCUUCAUGGACGUUUUUUCUACUUUGGAGACACUGUUGGUUGGCUUCUUCACAAAGUCAUGGUAUCAACUAUCGCGUUGUCUCUUUUACACCAUCUUUUAUUAGCAGGAGAUAGGUACUUCGCUAUUAUGUAUCCAUAUAUGUAUAUUAUAAAAGUGCAUAAUCGAUCGGUAAUGUUGACCCUAAUAGCUACAUGGACCAUAGUUAUACUCGGGCUCAUCGUCAUCCUCUCGCCAUAUUACAGUAAAGAUGUGCAAAACGUCUUGGAAUACACAUUCAUGAUACUUGUUUCAACUCAAAUGUACGCAUUUCAUCUGCGUAUAUACUGUAAAGCGAAGAAAACGGCUGGCCAGGUAUCAUCCUCAACCUGCCAAGCAGUACAGAAUAAUAGAAGUGAUUUUAAAGCCGCAAGGAUAACUUCGAUAAUACUAGGUGCUUUCAGUAUCUGUAUACUUCCUUCAUUAAUUCACAGUAUUGUUAUUGAAACACAAGGUGAAUGUGGACGAUGCCGACUCCCAUUUUACGUCUGUUCUAUGUUGGCGUACGCUAACUCUAUGUUAAAUCCAAUUGUGUACGGGAUUUCUAACAAAACUUUUAGUGAUUCUUAUAAGAAGAUAUUUCAAAAAAUAUUUCAAAAAAUUAUAAGGUUAUGUUAAUUUUUUUGAAUGGUUCUAUUCUAACACUAUAUAGAGCUCAAUUAUGCACGCAGUCAUCACCAUUUAGGUGGUUUUGGUAAGGCAACUUGCUGUUGUUACAGCCGGGAUGUUUUACAUCGUUCAACCGCUCAUUAGGUAUGCAAAACGGGAGAGUCUGGGGCUAUUCAAAUGUUGUACAGUUGUGGUUCCAUUCUUUUUGUGUGGAAGAAGUCGAUGAAGACUUUAAUUUUUUGUUUGGGUAUUGUGAUUAUUGUAAUAUAAUCUUUGUAAAUAGAAUCUAUUGAAAGUUAAAGUAUAUUGUGUUAUUAUUUUUUUUUUUAAAUUUAAAACUGACUUAUAAAUCAAGUAG